CUUCACCAACCUCCAAAAGCUGUCCCUCAGUCGCACAAUAUGAAAAUGGCCCCAAUAGCCGGGAAGAAGCGGACCUCGGUUCGUGCGAAGAGAGCCAGAGCACCCAACCUGCUCGCCAGUCGAACAAGCCUUCCUCCAUCAAACGAGCCGCUCUUUCCUCCUUCUAAGAAAGACAGGCGAAGCGUAAAGCACUCUAUCUUUGUAAGCAAAAUCGAGAAGUCGAGUUCCAAAACGAAAAAGCGGAGGAGGCCCGACAGAAAGCUCGUGGCCAAUCUCGAAUCUCUCGCCGACGCUCUGCCGGACCUGGACGAGGAGGAGGAGAAGACCGAGGUUGUUAUUGGACAAGCCAAGAUUCAACGAAAGAGUCUGAAGAGCCGUCCAGGGGCAAUGAAGCGGAAGGAGAAGCUCGAGAAGCUCGAGAAGGAUCGUUUCAAUAAAAAUUUGGCGCAGAUGGCUGUCCGCACGACUGGCGCAGGGACUGUGUCAAAUGGUGCCUCGCUUGUGAAUCGUUGGGCGGCACUGAAAAGCCACGUUCAGAGCACAAUGGAAAAGAAGCCAGAAUUCAUGAAGGCGUGAGGCACGGAUCCGUAUAUUGCCCUCAACAGGGACGAAUGGCUCACCAAUGAGAAUGCGACUACCGUUGAAAUCAAUGGCAGAAGGAAAACCCUUCUGUGAGACUCGCAGACACAUGCGGAUGCAUGCACAUUGCAUGGAAGUCAUGGACAGGACUAUUCCCUGUCAUAUCGCGCCGGGCCCUACGAGUGUGCAGGAUGGCCAUUUUAUCUAAAUGAAUCGAGUGGGGAAGGAGGCAAACUUUUCGGGAAUACACAUGUGGCGUGUGGCAUAAAUAUAUUCCAAAAUCCUCCAGCAAGCUGACCGAUCUUCCCGAUGCCCACAAAGACCUGAUUUUGGUGCACCUGGGGAUGGAACUGGACCUCUAGAAAGCUAGCUACUCUUGUAGAAAC